AUGCUGAAGUCCUUUCAGUCUCGCCUGGUGUGGCCUCCUGUGACGACGUUCCAGGCGUUUGGCCAAACUUACGCGCUUCCAUUUCGCGGCACGGUAUCUAAUUGCGAAAGGCUGCCCCUGCCCCUUCUGCGCUACCUGGCAGGGUUCUUGGACGGAGACGGUUGUGUUUCAGCAGUCGGACAAUCAUGCUCCCUCAGCGCAAGCCAGUCAGCAUCCGGUGCAGAAGUUUUAUAUCUCUUGGCGACUACUCUUGGAGGCACAGUAUACGUUCAUGCACGUGGCCAUGGACUUGGGCAACCAUCCCUUCAAUGGAUCAUCAGGGGGCAUGCUGCGCAGAAGGCUGCUUGCCAGCUUGCCCCUGAAAGUGUAGUGAAGCAUCAACAGCUUAUUUUGGCAGCAUCGUGGCCAAGUGAAGACCGCCUAAGGCUCGAUGCCAAACAGCGCUUGGCAUCACUGAACUCCCUGUCGCAGUAUGAUACCUCACACGUUUCCUGCUCUUGGGCGUAUAUCGCGGGUUUCUUUGAUGCUGAGGGAUGCAUCCGAGCUUGCCAUGACCGUGUGUCGGUCAGAAUGUCCCUGGUCCAAAAAAACAAGGAUGUGCUAGGCUGGAUUGAUAGGUUCUGGCGCGCAGACCUCGGCUUGUCAUCAUCCUGGGUUGUGCACAAGAAGUCUUCGGUCACCGAAAUCACAGUGAACAGGCAUUCCAACACGCACUUGCUUAUGCGACGUCUGUUGGACAAUGGGCUGUUGCUGAAGCAGCAGCAGGCCUUUCUUGGCCUCAGUCUCAGGGAUGUGUACUACCCAGAUUUUCGGGAGACUAUGUCUAGUCUGUCUGGCAACCAGGCUAGAUACCAAAGAUUAGCUGAAGAUGGCUGCAUACGAGCAACCGCGAUUAUAGCAAUCCGCAAACGCAUCCGACGCUGUGAAGCUCUUGGAAGGCAUGAAGAAGUGGCAAGGUUGCAGCAGCAGCUCCGUGAAAUGCAGCAGCAACACAGGGUGGUUGCGAUAUUUGUGACUUCGCCAGAGGAGGCAGACGAAGCGGCAGCCAACAAGGAAGGCCCUUUGCAAGGCCCUGUGGGCUUGUCUGACUCCCUGACUGGGCAGGGAAGAGUGGGGGCUUAG